UCAUACUCAAAGCUGAAUCACGAAAAAAGAACUACUGUCAGCCAUCUUUUCUUUCAAUCUCUUUCGCUUCUGUCAUUUCCGUGACUAGUGUGCUCAUAGACAUACAACAUGCAGAACGACGCCGGUGAAUUUGUUGACUUGUACUGCCCGAGGAAAUGCUCGGCCAGCAACCGUCUCAUCCACGCCAAGGACCAUGCGUCCGUACAGCUGGUGAUUGCAGAUGUGGACCCUGCCACGGGCCGUGCUGCUGACACCUCCAAGAUGUACGUGGUGUGCGGUGCCAUCCGCCGCAUGGGAGAGUCCGAUGACUGCAUUGUCAGGCUCACCAAGAAAGACGGCAUUCUGACUAAGAACUACUGAAGUUAAGUAGUCAUGUAAGAAGCAUAAUUUUAAGGAAAAUAAAAAAAAAGUAUAAAAGUU